ACUGAGAGAGAGAGGCCAAUUCUGUUGUUUAUCCGCGGCUUUCCCCACUCAUGGCAAGUGUUUUCACCGCUUUGGUCUUUGCUCGGUGUAGUGCCGGUCGAAGCAUCGUCGAGUCAACGUGUCGUGGCUCGAAUCUUGUUUAGUAUAUCUCCGGUGCUCUUAUCUGUCCGAAGAGCUUCAAUCAUGUCACGGGUCGCGAGCUUCUCCGUAAUUUGUUUCCUCGCGACAAUCCUAAUCGCGAUCGCACAUGCGAAGCCGACUAUAUACAAAAGAAACCACGACAAUGUGUUCGAGCCAGUAAUGGUACCAGUAUCGUCCACGGUAAUUCCUAUUCCGGUGUACAAAGUACAAUACAACUUGGGAUUCGCAUCGAAAGAUAAAAAAGCUCAAUCAUCGUACAAGCCGGAGGAAGUAAUUAAGCUGAUAACGAUUAAGAAGACCCAGGAGAAGAAGAAAACGUAGAAACCAAGGGAGGCGACUGGAUAAACUUUUGUUCAAUCGCAUGAUACAAGCUUUUCUCAAUCGCCCUUUUGUAUCGUAUGAUUUAAUAAGUUUAUUCCCUCGGGUCGUGUUUUACGCAGAAACAUUACGCCAAAAAUGAAUUUACCUCGAUUAACGCUAGUUAAUUAACCCCGUCGUUAUAAGCGCGUCGAAUAAAAUCAAAUACCGCGAAGCCAAAUUGUUACGAUUACGAAAACAGAAUACUUGUUAAGUUUUUUCGUUUUUAUUUAAUUUGAAAUAUAUAGAGCGUUGUUUCUGAUAA